AUGUCCGCUACGGCAUACACGACCUACCCUGGACCGUCACCUACGUUCCGGAUCACCCUCGCCACUCUCCCGCCAGCCAACCUCCUCCCGCCGCCGGCCACUCUCCGCCUCACGGCCCACCUGCACUUUGCCUCGCCGGCGACCUCACCGCGGUUGGUCUCUGUCCACGUCGAGCCGCGGCCGUGUCCGGUGGGCAAGGGCGGAGACGCUUCCUCGCCACCACUUCCUCCGCCGGCCUGGGCUUCGGGCUCAGAUCGCCAGUUUGGCGCUUACCUCCGCGCUCUCCGGCCAGCCCAUCUCUCGCCGGCUGAGCCCGGGGCGUGGCGGAGCGUGACCUUUGAUCUCCCACUUGCGCGGGACUCGGCCCGCUUCGACGUCGUCGUCCGCGAGGACGCGCGGACUUCAUCUUUCCGUGCUAUCCUUGCGCAUGCCGCCAUUGUCCUUGCGCCCGAGACUCUGGCCACACCUGCGGCAUCCGAGGCCUCACAGCUGCCGCCCGGCACAACGCUCGACGCCGCCAUCGACGCCGCUCAAGCCUCAGCGGACUUUGUGGGCGGUGCGGUCAUCGGCGCGCCGCACGUCACCAUUCAGCGGACCAAGAGCCACGGCCUCGAUCCGCUUGCACGGGUCUUCGAGGUUGUGGUCCCGCCGAAUCCGUCAGGCACCUUUCCUGGCCUCAAGGGCGGUCUCCGGCUCACGGACGACAAGGCCGCCGGCGCCGAGUGGGUGCCUGUCGGCCCGGCACCGCCGGCACCAUUGGACCAAGGCCUCUAUCCCUGCCCCCUCGGCCACCGCGGCUACCCGUGCCGGCUGUUCUGGCUGGCACGGAUGGCCGAGUGCUUCCGCGGCGGGCUCAAGUUUUACGCGCCGAUCCACCUCGUGCCGCUGCUGCUGUUUCGGCCGCGCGCGCUGGCCUCGCCGCGCGCUGUCCUCCGCACACUGCUCAACAUUUGCGGCUCGGCCGGCUUUGUAGCAGCGUACAAUGGCAUCGGCAUCGGACUGCUGUGCAAGUUCCGCAACGCGGCCGGACGCGACGCCCAGAUCCACACCAUCAUCGCCGGUACGCUCUCCGGCGCCGCUGUUCUGCUCGAGGCUGCAUCGCGUCGGAAAGAAAUGGCGCUGUACUGCGUGCCGCGCGCGUUAGACGCUGCUUGGCGCGUGUUGUUCGGCGAGAAGCCCCUGCUCGGCCUCCCGGCCGCCGUCCUCGUUGCUCUCCUCCACGCGCUCGCGCUCGGACUGACCGGCGGCGCGCUAGCGGUCGCACCGGCGGCGUUCAAAGGCACGUAUCGGUCGAUUCUGUCGCGGGCGCUGCUGAUGUGAGGCAAGCGGCGUCUCGGCAGGCCUAGACAAGCAUGCAUCUUUUUACUGCUGGCUACAGUCUGCCGGCGGCGGGUCAUUGCCGGGCACGUAGUCCUCGUCCUCGCCCGAGUUGUAGCCGGCAAGGUCGUUGAUGGUGUGGACCGGGACAUCGUCGUCGUCAUCGGUCUCGUACUCGCUGUCGCCGUCGCCGCCCAUGUAGCCCAUGAACGGAUCACCGCCGCCCUCGGCCUCGAGCUGGGCGAGCGCGGCAGUGCCGGUGAACCACGAGGCCGCGCGCGGGAUCAUCGACUGCAGGAUCAUGCCCAGCUCGUGGUCCAUCUGCAGGUUCUCGCGGAGCUCGUGCAGCUCCUCGGGCUCCAUGGCCUCCACCUCGUCGUCCUCGGGGAGGACCGGCGGGUAGAAAAAGUCGAAGAACGACGGCGCGUCGGCGCUCCGCACAUCGCGGCCGUCCUUCCACUCGAUGGCAGUCGCCGUUGCGGCCUUGAACAUCGGGCCUUCGAACUUGUCGGUCUCGAGCGUGUAGCUCUUGGUCAGCACCUUGUUCGUAAAGUACUCGUUGUCGGCAAA